ACAGAGAUUUCGAGAAUUCUUACCUUGGGUACAAUGGACGAUUCCGGAAAAAGUGACGUCAAGUGAAACAAAAUGGCGGGCCCUGGCAAUGUUUGGGAAGACCUGCGGAAGCAGGCCCGUCAGUUGGAGAAUGAGAUUGACCUGAAGCUGGUCUCCUUCAGCAAGCUGGGUACCAGCUACUCCAGUCAGGGACAUGCACAGGACUCCAGGAGGGCAGAGACGUCCCCAUUACUAGGCAGUACCAACAGUGAGCACAUGUUUGAGACCAUGGCCCUGGAGAUAGAACAGCUGCUGGUGAAGCUGAAUGAGGUCAACGACAAGAUGGCGGAGUAUUCGCAGAACGGCGGGAUCCACACCAACAACCCGUCCCUCAUGCACACCCUGCAGAGACACCGCGACAUCCUCCAGGACUACACGCUCGAGUUCAACAAAACCAAGACGAACAUUUCUGCCUACCGUGACCGUGAGGAGCUGCUGGGAUCCGUACGCCGCGAGAUCGACAACUACCACAAAGGUUCGUCGGUGCAGAACCGGAGAACGGACUUGCUUCUGAAGGAGCAGGAACACACGCGGAACGCGGACCGAGUCGCCGACGAGGCGAUUAACAUUGCCAUGGCAACCAAGGAAAACCUGAUGGGGCAGAAGGGGAUGCUGGGAGGAAUCACGACGAAGAUGAACACGCUAGCGAAACGUUUCCCGGUGAUAAAUAACCUGUUCCAGAAGAUAAACCUGAGGAAGAGACGGGACUCUAUAAUCCUGGGCGCGGUGAUAGGUGUCUGUGUCAUUCUGCUGCUGUUGUAUGCCUUCCGCUGAUCUCUGUCAGAUAGAGAUUGCUAUCAUGUAAUAGUCUUUUCAACUUGAAGAGCCGAAAGUUGGAAGGAUUACAAUAGUAAAGAUAUACAUUUCAAUGUCAUGAUUGCAUUCAAUUUUGCUUGAUCUAGAGUAUAUGUACUACCUAAUGUAAAUUGAUUUAAGUUUGCUGCAUGGUGAUAAUGAAAAGUUGUUGGUAUCUUUUAAGUUGACAGUUGAAACAAUAAAACAAACAAUGAAAUGAAGAACUGUUUGUUGGCAUAAGGAAUUCUCAAGAGGUUACAGCGAAGCUAAAAACACCCCACUUAAAAUGAUAAGGAGGUGUGCUCCAUGAAAUGCUUUUGAUGUUUAAUGGGGAAUCCCACUGUUACAGAAUACAUGUGAGGCUUCUACAUGCAGAGGAACAGUCUAAAUAUAUAUAAUGUAUAACUGUUAUAUAUUCUUUAUGAGGUACCAGUAGUGCACAUUAUCAUAUGUGCAAGGAGACCUUAA